GCGGGCCAGUGACUGACACUGACAACUGACAUUUAUUUGACUUUUGCCUAUUUUCUACUGCGAGGUGUUCUCUGCCGAAGCCACAUUAUUGAUAUUUUUCUAAUUGAUUAGAAAGUCUUCACUUUUCACUAUUUUUUCAAUUAAAUUCUCCCAUUCAAGCGCCAGGGCCGGUCAGCUUUAUAUAUUUGAACUUCGGCGAAUCCUGCACCUAAAUAAGCAAAAUGUCGCGUUUCCGUGAAUGGGACCUAUCCUGCAAAGUUUAUGUGGGAAAUUUGGGAUCAUCGGCUAGCAAACAUGAAAUUGAAAGCUCAUUCGGCAAGUACGGACCCCUGCGGAACGUUUGGGUGGCUCGAAACCCACCAGGUUUUGCUUUUGUCGAGUACGAAGAUCCUAGAGAUGCUGAGGAUGCAGUCAGAGGUUUAGAUGGAACUCGUUGCUGUGGAUCUAGGAUCAGGGUGGAAAUGUCAAGUGGCAGAUCUCGCAGAGGCGGCGGUGGUGGCAGAAGGGGUAGAUAUUCAUCUAGAGACAGGUCCCGUUCUCCAAGACGUUCGAGAUCUCGAUCUAGAUCUCGUGGCCGCAGAUCUGAUUCCCGAGAUCGCAGAAGUGAUUCUCGUGACAGACGCUAGAUAGCGUCCGUGCAUGUAAUUAUUUUGUCAGUAAGAGGCAGGACACGAUUUCACAUUAAUGGAAAUUUGAAACAAAAAUGCUUUCGACUUGGAACUUUUUCAGUUUUCAACAUGUUCCAUUUAUUAUUUUCUGCUUGGUAUCAUUUUUAAUUGAUUUAGGGUUUUUGUUAGAAUAAGUAAAAACACUUGCGUAUUGAAUGACAAAUUUCGCAAUAUUUUCUUCUAUAAAAUACUAUUUAACUUAAUAUAGCUAGUAAUAGUAGUUGUAUCUUUAUACAACUUAAGCGUAAAAAAAUUAGAUGUUGUGGAGGAUAACUGCAUACAUAAAUAUUAUGUUCUAGUUGAGUACCUCAACUUGUGCAAGUUUUCAGAUUAGUGUUUUUUGUGGACUUUAUGAAAUUGUAAGAGUUUUUUUUUUUAAUGUAAUAUAUCAAUUUGAAAAUUAGAA